ACACACACACAGUCACAGUUCUCAGACUCGGGAGUUGGCGGUUUGAAGAGGAGGUUGAGAGAGAGGACAGAUGGGCUCCACACACACACCGGAACAGAACGAAGAGCUUGCUGAGCAUCAGUGAGAAAGAGAGAAAAAGCCAGGGAGAGAGAGAGCGAGCGAGAGAGACAGAGUGAGAGAGAGAGAGAAAGCAAGCAUGGGAGGUGAGAGAGAGAGGAGAAGGAAUAAAAGAGGGAAGAGAAAGGAAGAGAAGAAGCAGCGAGCGCGUGAGUGAACGAGCAAUUGAGCGAGAGAGAGCGCGCGUGUGUGUGUGCAUGUGUGUGUGUGAGUGAGCGAGCGAGCGAUUGAGUCGUGGAGGAUUUGAAUAGCUCAGGUCGCGUGCACUGUCUUGGAGGAGCCACAUCAAAACAAGCCCCUGAAUUGAACGCCUGCAGUCCGGUCGGAGUCGCCGCGGCCAGGGGAGCGCAGAAGCCAAGCUUCACAUGAAGGAUUACUGCCCGCGGAAGCACCAGCCUCAGAGAACUUUCUGGUGUUCCAGCAUUCUGGGCAGAGGAGGGUGAGGUGAAAACCUGGGCAGAGAAAAGCGGAAGAGGCCAAAGAGAGGCCAAGAAAGAAGGGGCACUUAGAGAGAGGCACCGUCAUGGAGAGUGCUGAAGUCCAGUCCUGGCUGUCUACCGUCAGAGGGAAGGAGAACACGGAGGGGGUCAGGGGUGGAAAGUAGGACAAGCCAGGUGUAACACACCAGCUUGCCGUUACCCAUAACCCCCUCCUACUAAAAGCGUCUCUCUCCUGCCUGUGAUAUAUUUAGGAGCAAUGUGCUAAGUGCACUCAUCACACCUCUUUGUGAUAGUCCAAACUCCAUAAAGAUUUCAUUUUUUUCUCCUUUUCUUUUCCCUCAACACACUCUCUCUCUAUUUCUUUUGUCCAGGGAUUAUGUGGAACAUAAGAGUCAUAAAACAGCCCAGUGAGUGGCUCUCAUCUCCUGGUUUUCUUUGCUGAGCUGAAAUGCUCUCUGCAAGUCCAACUGCAUGGAGGACAUGACGUGUGUGGGAGCACGUGUGUGUAUGUAUGCGUGCGAGCGUGUGUUUGAGAGGCCGUGACCACUGUUGAGCUGCACCGUGACGUUCCCUGCUUCUUCGGUUGACUCAUGGGACAAAAGCUCAGGAUGUGUCAUAUCCCACACAGCCCCAGAACUGCCCUGAAGUUGGCCAUCCAUCACAGUGCUCUGCUUUGAUUCGAUUACUGUGGACAUACUGAGACACAAACUCACACACUGACGCACACGCACCACUGAGUACACACACGUCCAGUCAUGUGACCAAAGCACAGGACCAGUCACACAGACUGCUGAGAGCGACUGGUCAUCUUCAAUGUGGUGUCAAGCCUCCACACUGUCACCAUAGCAACCGUCAGUUAUACAAAAAAGCGGUCACGCCGAAUUUCUGUGCGUAUGUGAUGGUACUGGAAUUUUUUGUAUAUCAUGUAUGCAGGCUUGAUGUUUUUCGGUGUCAUUGUAGUAAUAACGUGAGUGCACAAACAUUCUGACUCACUUCCUGCCCUAGGUUCUGGGCUCUCUGGUCAAGAGACUGCUUGUCAGAGUGGAGGGUCCAGGGAGCCCGCUGGCGUCAUGGUGAGCAAGGAGCCAAACUGCCUGCCCACCACCAACAGCCACAGCAACGGCAAUCCGGAGAAAUCCGCCACCAUGACCGUGCGCUCUGUCCUGCUCAACCGCAACUCGCCGGACAUCGAGAGCCGCCUCAAGCGACGUCGGAACCGCACCCAGCAGGUCCGCUUUAAGGACCUGGAUGAUGGGGAGGUGCCGGAGACUAAGCCUGAGAGACGCAGUCCUCACCCCGGCCGUAAGAGCCCCACACACACCCCUGCGUCCAGCUGGCGGGAUGAGGUGGCCAACGGGCCGUCGCUCGUGGGGUCAGUGCGGGGGGAUAUGGAGAGCACCAUCGGUGCCGUGGAGGAGUUCCUGAAGAGGGCGCCCCGCCACCCUCUGACCCCUGGCCCGACACGGCGCAGCUGGGCCCCGCCGAGGCCCUGCUCGCUCACACUGCCCCUGCCCCGCCAGCCCUGCAUGAGCACAGCCAUCCAGACCUCCCCAAGUCUGCAGAAGCCUCACAGCCUGCCCCGCAGCCAGAGCCUCGGGAGCUCUAUCAGGGCCGGCUGGGACGAGGACGAGGAGGAAGAUCUGCUGAUCGGCAUCGUCACUCCCAUGUCCUCCUCCAAGGAAAUGGGCCGUGCUGCUGCUGAGUUGGAGGCUGCUGGCUCUGCUCCACGACGCACGCAGGCCAAUAAGCCUCACUGUCUGUGCUCAGGUGAGGAUUCUGCUGCCCCCUCUGACCUGGGGGAGCGGCCCUGCUCUUGCCCCACAGUUGCUCCAAAGUCAAUACCCGGUAGGUACAGGGGCAGGAGGAGGCGCAUCACCCGGACAGCGAGUGAUCCUGGACGGGCCGAAUCGCCAGCUGUGUCCCCCGCUCGAGCUGCAUCUCCCAGUGACCGACCAACAAGUGUCGAGUCACCCAGUAGUUCUCCUCCCCAAAAAUCCCCACUUAAGAGCUCCCCAACCCAAACUGACAUGUCUGUUUCUGCCUCCCAUGAAAAUGCUACUUCCUGUGUCCAAACAACAGCUAAUUCCUGUGACCAGGUCACAGCAGCCUGCACCCCUCAAGAAACUGUGCCCACAUGCAUUGCUCCAACUACCCCACCUUCACAUAAUAGACCAGUUCCAAGCAUGCCCAACUGUGUGCCCUCACCACAGAGCUCUCCAUCAUCUAAAGCUGUGCUUCCACUCAACAAUGAUUCAGCUGAUUUGUCUACUUCCCCCGUCCAAUCCACUUUCAUGACUCCGGCUCAAAAAAUCAGUUCAGCAGCUGAAACUUUGCCACAUUGCACCAAUCUGACACAAUCUGUGCCAGCUUGCAAGACUCCAAAACAACCUGUGCCAUCUUGUCAGACUCCCACGCAGACUCUGAAAGUUAAGACACCUACACAAACUGUGCCAUCUUCCAUCCCCGCUGCUAAAUCUGUGCCAACCCCUCAAAACAAUAUAGAAAUUACACCACCCUCAGUUGCCCUUACACAAUCCUUGCCAACUUGCGAGACUCCUAGACAAACCAUUGCGUCUUGUGAAACUCCCACGCAAUCUGUGAAAGCUAAGACCCCUAAACAAACUCUGCCAUCUGCCAUUAUUGCUACGACACCUAUGCCAACAAGCCAAAAUCCUAUGGAGACAAUGCCACUUUUAAUCACCUCCACACAAACUUUGCCAAAUGCAAAUACUUCUGUAAAGCCUGCACCAGACUGCACAACAUCACAACACACUACACUUUGCAAAUCUCCCACACAGCCUAUGCCUGUUUCUAAGACUCCAUCUAAGCCUGUGUCAGUUUGUGAAACUCCUGAGCCAAUCUGCAAGACCCCAACAAAAGCAGAACCAGCACCAUCUCAGACUUUAGCACAGACUAUACCACGUUCUAAGACCCCUACACAAAUGGAACCAUCUUGUAAAACUCCUGUACAGUUUGUGCCAGAUUGUAUAACUCCUUCACAACCAACACAACGUAUUCCAGUUUGUAUGACCCCAACACAAUCUUGUAAAACUACACCUUCCUUGUCAGAUUGUACAUCUCCCACACAACCUACAAUGUACAAGACCCCAAUACAUAUUACACCUACCACACCUAAGUCUCCUACCAACUCUUUGUCAAUUUCUAAGACUCAACCUGUGCUGGAUUGUACAACUUACACAGAAAUGGCAGGGCCUUGCAACACCUCUGAUAAUACAGGGCCAUCAUAUCCAGCUGCUGCACAGGUAAUGUUGCCCUGUAAUGCCAUUACACAGAUGCCUCCAUGCAUUUCUGAGAGAACCCAAGCACCAUCUUGCCCAUCAAACACACAGGCUGUGCCACACUAUUUCAACACCACAAACAGUGUUCCACCAUGUGUAGCCCCUGCCCAAAUCAUGCCACCCUCUGCUCCUGCUACUAAUACCAUGCCAGCUUGCAUCAUCCCUGAAUCUGCUGUGCCCCCUUAUGUCACUCAACAAACAAUCCAAGUUUGCACCUCCCCUUUUAAAAUGAUCCAUCCUGGUAUUAUGCCCAACCAGACGUCAUCCCCAAGUAUUUGCGUGCGGCAGGUGUCCCUCUCCCAAACUGUGAUCCCAGCUUCAUCCCAGCCACCAUGCCCUGCUGCCUACCUGCCCCAUGCAGCACCCCCGUACAGCUCCUCCCCCAGAGCUAGCCCUGCUCCCUCUCAGGCCCCUCCUUACACUACUCAGGACAGAAAGCUCCCUCCCCCACCUCCACCCCCUCCUCCAUACACACCCCGCAAGGAAGGAGCUACUGCCACAGGGCAGACUCGCCGCCAACCCACCCCAAAGGCCGCAAGCACUGAAAAGGAGAAGGCUAAGGAGAAACAGAAGUUGGGGAAUGGUGUGCUGAUGCGGCAACUGGCUGCAGGCGGACAUAUUUGUGGAAAGGCAGCAGGGGGCGCUGAAGGGGGGGUGGGAGUUGGGGUGCCAUGUGUGCCCCCCAAAAACACUGCUCAGGCUGCCAUCAAAGCUGCCACCAUGGGCGCCCGCAGAGCUCUCUUCUGCUCUGAGGCUCAGGCCUGUGCCUCCCAGUGCCCACGACCUCGCACUCCCUGCGGGCAGCAGCAGCAGAGCUCAUCUGCCCAAGCCGAGGGCCAGGCAGACACGCUCCGGCACGUACAAGAGCUGUUAGGGGGGCUCAUGUCUGGUGCCAGGUGCAAACUGGACCUCACCCGGGCCAAGGAGAAACUUCUGGGCCCCAAUGGCCCACUGUAUGACAUCAGCAGCCUGCAGUCGCAGCUCCACAGCCUGGAGGGAGUACUGGAGACUAGCCAGAACACCAUCAAGGUACUGCUGGACGUCAUCCAGGACCUGGAGAAGAAGGAGGCUGAGAGGGACGGGAGGCACUCGUACCGUACGGGGCAGGACAUUGAGAACUGUGGCACGUGCCGAGACUGCGCUUGUAUCAUCUACAGCGUGGAGCACGACUUCCGUCUGCAGGAGGGCCAGGUGACACGUGCCUGGAAGGUCCCCGAGCCGCAGGAGUCCGAGCAGGGCUCCCCCCAGACGGUGCUGCAGUCGCCCCCGGGCCGCAACCAGGACUCCCCGCAGUCCGUCAAGAAGAGCCGCAAGAAGUGCUUCUGGUUCCUCUGAGGAGGAGGAGGCGCCGGUGUCCCCCAUGCGGGAGAAGGGCGCAGAGGUCCCGCGAUAACCGCUGAGAGACAACGGGACGGAGGGGAAGGGGAACACUGUGGAUGGACAGAUGGGGAUGCAGGGACAAUGACAAAAAGGAGAGACGAGGGGGGAGAGAGACAGAGAGAAAGGAAUGGAGGAUGAGGGAAGGGAGAGGGGGGAGGUGAAGAGGGAUUUAUCGUCAUCACUUUUUGGAACUAUGAGGGUCAGAACACCAGCUUUUAUACUUCGAAAUAAAAACUAAAAAGAGAGAAAAAGAAAUUCAUCUCUUUGAGAGACAAAAAGGACUAUUAUUACACUUCCUUAAAGCUUUUAAAAUGAUCUCUUGAAUUUCACUAUCAUGCCGUGCUGCCCCGAUCCAUUGCAGGCAAGCAUUAUGUGAAGUCAGAUAAUAAAAAUGUGUACAUAACAGAGAGUUCUACAAGUUUGUGAAUGCUAUAUUUCAGAGGAAAAAAAGUACAUUUACGGCUCUAUAAAAUAUUUUACUACACAAAUAAUCUGUGUUGAAGUUUCUGUCUCUCAACAAAAAUGAAGAUUAU